AUGGGCCCUGAGGAGGAGGAGGAAGAGGAACGAGAAGCGAGGAAUUAUCCUCUUCAUAGUGGGAUGAAGAGUGGUGAGGUGGGUAAACCGCCUCUUAGUACUCCACCAUUUGCACAGAUUCGGGAGGAAACUCUACGAAAACAAUCAGCAACUCAUCGACUUCUUAAACAUGUUAUGAAUGAGGAAGAGAAGGUGCGAAUAAAAGAGGCAUGUUUAGAGAGACUUCUUAUAGAAAAAAAAGAAUUGGAAGAAAGACUUAAAGUCUCUACUAGUAUGUUGCCAAGUAAUAAAGAUAUUACAUCAAUGAAGAGACGUUUAGAAAAGGCUCGUCAAGGCAAACGAAGGGCGGCAAAUAAAGUAACAGAUUUGGAAGAAUUUCUCACGAUAGCGGAUAAAGCGUCUAAAAUGAGAGGUUAUGGUGAUUCAAAACAACGACGAUAUCUUUUUGAAUUAAAACAAUCUAUUCGUCCUCUCAAGACGGAAGUUAUUUCUCUUAGGAAACAAUUUCAGAAAAUGAGUAAAGAUGGAUAUGAUACAGAUACCUCUAAAGUUUCAUCAUCAUCUUUACCUGUACAAGAAAAAAUCUCCACUGAAAGUCGUAGAAUGGAUAGAAAUAUUGAAAAAUUAAAAGAAGAAAAGAUUGAAUGUGAAGAACGUUUAAGGGUAGCAAGUGAUGCCUUAUUCAAAGCUACAGAGCGUGAAGCUAAAGUUGCUCAAAUGUUAGCAUCUUUAGAGAGGAAAACUAUGAAUAAUUCAUAUGGAUUAACUCCAGAAGAUAAACCUAUACAAAAUAAUAAUAAUAAUAAUAAUAAUAAUAAUAAUAAUAAUAAUAAAACACCUCCAUUAAUUACUGGAAAUGAUGUUGAUUUAUUUCCCCCUCCUCUUGAUUCAGGUACUUCAAUUGCUGUCUCUAUGAGUCGACAACCUGGAACAGAUGUACCUUGUAAAAGAGCUAUACAGUCUCGUAAUGGUAGUAAUAAUACUAAUAAUUCCUUUUUUGAAAACUAUGAAGAAGAUAAGAGUGCCACCUUUUCAACAAGGUGUAAAAAAGAAACUCGUCUUAAUGGGUACACUGAAAAGGAAAUGUUGGUGCAGGAAGUGGAACAGUUAGCUUUAGAGUACGCCCGAAUAAAGCGUCGUAUUAAAAAAAAACAAGAAAAUCUUUUGUAG